AUGAGGUCUACGUUUCCUCCGGGUACCCGCAUGGUUGGGAAUCCGCCUGGGAUGAUGAUGGGCCAGAGCAUGAUGCCUCCGCAGAUGCUCCAACAGGGCCAGAACCCACAGACACAACAGACGGGCCAGCCUCAACAAGGUAAUGUGGUCGGGCAGUACCCCGGUGCCUAUAUGAAUGCUCAACAGCAACCUCAGCAGCAGCAACAGCAACAGCAACAGCAAUCGCAGCAGCAGCAGCAGCAGCAGCAAUACUCUCGUAUUCAACAACAAUCGGUUCUAAAUCAACAGCAACCUCAGCAAAAUCAACACCAUAAUCACAAUAACCAUGGGCAUAAUCAUAAUCAUAAUCAUAACCAACACCAUAACAGUCAUAACCAUAAUCACAGCCAGAACCAACAUCAUAAUCAACAACAGCAACAGCAGCAGCAACAGCAGCAACAGCAACAGCAACAACAGCAACAGCAGAAUCAAUCAGUUCAACAGUACCAGCCAUAUGGGUAUGCUGCCCAGCAACAGCAGCAAUUGCAACAGCAGCUGCCAACGUCUACAUCUGCUCAGUAUGGAAAUAUACCCGGCAUGGGGAACAUGCCAGGUGGAGCUGGUGGAGCCCCAGGUUUAUAUCCAGGAGCACCUGGUGGAGCAGAUCAAGCUCAACAACAAGUUCAACAACAACAGCAACAGCAACAGGUUCAACAACAACAAGUUCAACAAGUUCAACAACAACAACAACAACAGCAGCAACAACAACAACAAGUUGCUGCGGCAGUUGCAGCAGCAGCAGCACAAGCACAGUCUCAAAUUGCUGAAUCGAUCCGUCAUGUUUGGCGCUGGAAUCUAGAAGAACAAAUGGCCGUGCUGCGAGAAGUUGUAACAAAGUACAAAUAUAUUUCCCUAGACUGUAAAUUUCCUGGAAUUGUGGCUCGUCCCAUUGGGACUUUUAAAACAACAUCGGAAUACCAUUACCAAACUUUACGAGCAAAUGUGGACAUUUUGACAGUUGUUCAGAUUGGGAUGACAUUUUCAGACGAAUACGGCAACCGACCGGCCAAUAGUACUUGGCAGUUCAAUUUCAAAUUUAAUGAACGCGAAGACAUGGCAUCCAAGGAUGGACUAGAAAUUUUGCGUCAGUCGGGAGUUAACUUCGACAUGCUUGCAGUUGAGGGCAUUGAUGUAUUUAGCUUUGCAGAGCUACUUUUGACAAGUGGCCUUGUUCUGGAUCCAGAAAUCAAUUGGAUCACGUUUCACAGUGGCUAUGAUCUUGGUUAUCUUUUAAGCGUCAUGGUAAAUUCCUCACUUCCAGCCGAAGAAAUGGCUUUCUUAGACUUAGUGCGUUUAUACUUCCCCACUGUUUGGGAUCUCAAGUACAUUUUGCGGAGCCUUAGCUUCCCACCCCGCGCAACUCUCUACGAAGUAGCAGAGGAUUUCCAAAUCAUGUCUGGAAACGCCAUCUUUGCUGCCAUGAUUGCAUCUGCAAACGAAGCUCUGAUUACUAGUGCAAUUUAUUUUGAAAUGCGCAAACACUCGAAUGAUGCAACGUUGUCUAAGUUUGCAGGCCGUCUUUUCGGUCUCGGCGAGGGACUGGCUUCUGCAGCAGCUUCUACAAAUGCAACUGGAUCAUCCAACACAGGUCCCAACAAGACGCUGGGAAGUAACAGCAGCGGCAAUACUAAUAAUAGUCUUACGACUAAGGCUACCAACAGUCCGCGAGUGCGCAGCAGCGGAAUCAAUAUCACAUCACCUGCGUCCAAACAAACUGACAGCUAA